CGCCCGGCCAUGGACCCCCAGGUUACUCGCCCCCGGGGGAUUGGCAAGAGCACGACGGGCAUCCAAUGGGGAGACCACCGAUGCGCUUCAGGGAACCGAUGGAUGAUUGCGAAGAUGACUUCUACGACGACAUGGAGGACCCAGAGGAUGAGAGGCGUAUGAGAAACAGACAUGACUUCCCACCUCAGUCCUGUGGGGAGAAGAAAGGGAAAGUACUCUGCAAGUUCUUUGUGGAGGGAAGAUGCACAAAGGGGGACCAGUGCACUUUCAGCCAUGACUUGGGACCGCCCAUGAAACGGGAACUCUGCAGGUUUUACUACAACGGCUUCUGUGCUAAAGCAGAAAAUUGCUUAUACAUGCACGAUGAAUUCCCGUGUAAAUUUUUCCAUACCACUGGAAACUGCUUCCAGGGAGAUGAAUGCAAGUUUUCACACGGGCCACUCACUGAUGAGACACAGGAGCUGUUGGACAAGAUGUUAGCCAGUGAGGCCGAGGCCGGUGCAGAGGAUGAGAAGGAGGUGGAGGAGCUGAAGAAACAAGGCAUCACUCCUUUACCCAAGCCUCCCCCUGGAGUAGGGCUGUUACCCACUCCACCCCGACCUUCUAUGCCACCGCCUCCGAAUGCCCCGAAUCCUCGACCGUGCCCCCCCAUGAUGGGACCCCCACCCCCGGGACCUCCGCCCCCAGGCCCUCCUCCGCCGCCCGGACCCCCAGGCCCUCCUCCGCCACCCGGACCACCGUGUCAGAAGAAGAUCCCCUCUCUCUUCGAGAUUGUGGUUCAACCCACAAGACAACUGGCAAACAAGAUCAGCAGGGGACCCCCGUACCCAGGACCACCUCCGCCGCCCGGAUUCCCAGGAUCUCCCGGGGGGCCGGACAUGGGGCCUGAGGGCACGGGGGCCAUUCCUGGGCCGAUGCUUGGCCCCGGCCCGGACGAGAUGCCGUUUAGCCCCGAGAUGAACCCAGGACCACCAGUGGGACCGGGGCCCCCAAUGGGGCCCUUCAUGCAGGGAGACCCGGGAGCCAUCCCACCAGGCCCCUCCGGCCUCGACUUCUACGACGACUAUUAUCACCCGCAGGGCAUGUCGAUGGACCCCAGACAGGAGAUAGAGGAAGGCGAUUAUGAGCAAAUGGAUGUGGGAGACGGGAUGCCGGUUCUGACGCAGCCACUGGAGGAGAUGGAGGCGGAGGAGAACGGGGAUGGGCCGGGCAGUCAGAAGCCCGCCGUGAGCAUCCCGGAUUUCCUCCCGGCCGCCCAGAGAGCUCUGUUCCUCCGCAUCCAGCAGAAGCAGCAGGAGGAAGAGGAGAAAGCAAAGCGAAGGACAGACAGCAGCCAACAGGACAAGGAGAACCAGGAGGGUGACGGUGACAACUGGUACUCGAGUGACGAAGAGGACGGUGGCAGCAGCAUGAGCUCCAUCCUGAAAACCCUCCGCCAGCAGAGCGCCAGCAAGCCCCAGGCCCCGGCCUCGUGGGGGGCACAGAAGAACGGCAACAGCCAGACCAGCGCGGACCCCCGCCUGCAGAAGGAGAGGUCGGCGGGGGCGGGGGGCACGGUCGCCAGUCGGCCCAUGGACCCUCGGAUUUCCCGGGACCCCCGUUUGAGCCGGAGCGCGGAGAGCAACACGGCGGGCUCCGGCUCCGACGUCGCCCCGGCCGACCCCAAGCCGUCGGGGGGGCCCAAACCCGAGCCCACCCAGCCCGGCGCCCCCAAACCCCCAGCCGGCGAGGAGGACGGGGAGAGGCUCCUGCGGGACCGGCCGGUGGCCAUUCCCCUCGACCCGCCCCCGGGCCCCUCGCUGAGGGACCCCCGGGGUCAGCUCCAGCAGUUCAGCCAUAUCAAGAUGGACGUCUCCCUGGGCAAGCCGCACUUCGCCAAGAGCGUGCUGUGGAGCCCAGAGGACCUGCUCCCCCUCCCCGUCCCCCUCCCGCUCCCCCUCCCUGUCCCCCUCCCCGCUCUCGCUCCCGCCUCGCCCUUCCCGGUGCUGGACCCGCGCCUGAACCGGCCCCCGCAGGCCCCCCCCCCUUCAGACCCCCGGCAGCGAGCGAGUGAGCCAGCGACUGAGCCCGCCCAGCCCCCCCCGCUGCCCUCUUCUUCCUCCUCGUCCGCCCCGGCGCUCCCGGACCUCGGCUUGCUGACCCGGUUGCUGAAGCCCCCGGAGGCCCCGGCUGCCAAGCUUCCCAGCUCGAGCGACAAGCCCUCGGACCCCCGGGUGCGGAAAACGCAGGCCGACCCCCGGCUGCUGAGAUCAGCCGCCCCGGCGGUCGCCGCCGGGGGUGGUGGUGGGGGCAGCCCCCAAGCCUGCGGCUCCCCUCCGGCCAAACCCUCAGAGCAAACCGAAGAUCCCCCUCCCGCUCCAGCGGUGACCGCCAGCGCCAUUCCGGCGGUGGCGAAGGAGCCGGCGAGUUGCCCGGGCCUCGCCCCCUACGACCCCAGGCUGGUCACGGCCGGUGGCGGCCAGAGCCGGGGAGGGGGGUCCGGGCCGAGUGAGGUGCUGAGCGGCAUCAGCCUGUACGACCCGCGGACCCCGCCCGGCGACCAGCCAAAAGGGGGGCCGGAGGCGGGCAAGCCCGGGGGCAAAGCCAAGGAGCCCCCCUUCGUGAGGAAGUCGGCCCUGGAGCAGCUGGAGAGCGACAAGUCCGAGGGGCCCGCGGACAGGUACAACAGCUACAACAGGCCCAGGGCCAAGCCGGGGGCCGCUCCGCCGGCCCCGGCUCCCGCCCCCGCCCCCGAGAGCGGCCAGACGGCGGUCCACAGCCUCCCCGUGCCAUCGCUGUUCGGACUGGUCCACCCGCAGUUCUCGGAGGUGAAGCCCGCGAACAAGGGGGGCUCCGCCGGCCCCUUCGUGAGCAGCUCCCCUCCCGCCCCCGGGGAGCCCGAGCAGGACUCUGCGUCGCUCAAGGAGGUCUUCAAAGGGUUCGACCCCACGGCCUCGCCGUUCUGUCAGUGAACGCGUAACAGGAACAGUGAGUCAGUGAGUGAGUGAGACAGUGAGUGAGUGACUCAGUGAGUGAGU